GGCGGUAAUUCGAGCAUUCUUCUGUAGGCUAGGCAAUCUAUGCGGUUUCAGUAUUAUAUGGACUAUUUCCUCAAGAUCUUAAAGGGGCAAUAAUAAUUGUAUCAAUCAUGAUACUAAGCACUGUAAGUGGCAUCCUUACAGUAAGGAUUCUUCUCGCGAUCAUGGUUCAGCCUGUUGAGAACACGGUGUACACUCUGCCAUACACACCAGACUCUGCUGAAGCCUGUCGCAACAACGCAGUUGAAUACUAUAACACACCUAUAAACCUGUGCUGCAGCAAGUGUGCUCCUGGGACACGCCUGAAGAAUGAAUGCAGCACUACCUCAGACACAGUGUGUGAACCAUGUCCCAGUAGCCAAUACAGUGGGACCUUCAAUUACUUCACAAAAUGCUUCAGAUGUCCCAAGUGUUCAGAAGACAAAGGCCCUGCAGUAUGCCAGAAUUGCUCCAGCACCACCAAACCCAGUGUAUGUGCCAGACUGGGAUGUUUCUGCAUAAUGGAACAACACCCAAACUGUAAGGAGUGUGUCAGUUAUACACACUGCCAGCCUGGCCAUGGUGUUGCCAUAAGAAGGACAACAUAUUCAGAUGUGAACUGUGCACCAUGCCCUGAUGGAACAUUCUCUGACCAGCACUCCUACAGCCAGACUUGCCAGCACCACACAGACUGUGUGUCGCAGAGAAGGGGUGUACUGACUUAUGGUAACACCACCUCAAAUUCGGUGUGUGGACCUAAGGUUAGACCACCGACCAGCCCAUCGACCACAAUUCCGACCUCUGGUACAGGGCAUACCACACCAAGUCUACAGAGCCUGCAUACAGAGGCCAAAUCACCAGACUUUGACCUUCGUAUAGUUUCAGGUGUUAUCGGAGGUGUUAUCGGAGGUAUUAUCCUGCUGCUGAUCAUAGGCACAAUCAUUUACAAGAAAGUCUUCACAGGGUCCAGGCUUGUAUCUUCUACAGAAGAUAGAAAUGGAAAUUGGGAGGCCAUUAAAUUUGAUAGUGCCGGACCAAUGGUUCUUCAGAACAGUUCAUUCAUCCACAGCUAUCGGGAACAGCAGCAAUGUUUGCUGGGAAAGGGAAACUGCAGCAAUCCCAGUCAGGCAGAGAACCAGCAGGAUACGAGAAGGACCUGGGUGUCAGGGUGCUCCAACAGCCUGGACGGCCUGUCAAUAGGCCCCCUCCAGUCCACUCCUCCACAGCCCAGCACCCAGCCUAGCCCUCAACCCACCAGCCCCCAGCCUACCAGUCCCCUGCCAUCUAGUCCCCUAGUUAAUGUCAACAUCACUGUUAACUACCCUGUGACCAUAGGAAAUGGGUCAUGCUCCAAACCUACCAGCACCCACAUAGACUCAUCCCAGGCUGACCCUGAGCUCCCUCUAUCAAGGGAGGAGGAGGUGUAUGUCAACAUGCCACAGCAAGAGGGCGGAAAAGAGGCACUUACGGCAAUACAGGAGAGUGGAAAUGAUGUUUGAGGACUGGCAGCAGAUAGGACAGCACCAGACAAUAGAUUUUGUUUCAAUUAUGUUUUUUCACACUGGUUGUUGUCUCUGUUUUUAUAUGAAUGCUACUACUGUUGCUGACUGAAUUGGUGGCGAGAGACUGCACAGAAUGACUGUUCAUGUGUCUUAGGCAUGGACUUGUCAUAAUGUGCUGUGCUGGAAAGCCUUGAGCACCUGAUUAGAUUGUCAAUGACUGUUCAAAUAAUGAUUGAUAUGUGAAUAAUGUAUGUAAUUACUGUGAAUGUUGUAAAUAUACACUGAAAAAAAAUAGGAAAUCAGUCAAUUGGAAUAAAUGAAUUGGGCCUUAAUCUAUGGAUUUCAUGACUGGG